AUGAUAAAGAUCCAUUUGCCAAAUACCCAGAGCCCAGGGGAUAUUUAAAACUUGGAGAGGCCAUCGGAGAAGGCAAUUUUGGAGUUGUCCAUAUGGGUUGGCAUCAAAUCAAACGCAAAGAAGUGGCCGUUAAAAUAAUAAGGAAAAUAGAGGAUCAAGAUACAAUCCUUAAUGAACUGGAAAUACUUGAGAAGGUCUCUGGCCAUGAGAAUAUCAUCUCCUUUUAUGGCGCAUUUCACCAAAAGCCUGCUAGAAGGAUUAAUCAAGAGCUAUGGAUUGCUACAGAACUUUGUGAUGGUGGAUCAGUACUUGACCUAAUAAAAAGCAAAAGGAAUCGUUCCUUAGACGAAAGCUGGAUUGCUUAUAUCUGCAAGCAGGUAUUACAGGGCUUGUAUCAUCUCAGAAAACAGAGAAUUUUACAUUGCGACGUGAAGCCCGAUAAUCUGAUGCUAACUGAAGACGCAGUUGUAAAGAUAAUUGAUUUUGGUGGUGCUGUCACGGGAGGAAAAAGUGAUAGCCCUGCUGGAGAUAUGGCAUAUUUAUCACCAGAGGCCAUUGUCUGCAUGAGUAAGAGAGGCGAAUUUGACCAUAAGGUAUAGUGAUGACUUCUUUCUUCCUUUAUAUUUUAGAGUUAGCACCACCUUUAUUUAAAUGUAUGUAGCCUACAUGAUGAAACUACAUGUAUUUUUGCCACUUACUUCACAUACCUCUCUCAAAAGCAAAGUUGUCAUCCAGUUUUGCUAUUAUGAAAAGGUGUAAGUGAACUGAGUGAGCAUAAUGUAUUGUAAGUACAGGGCACAAGAAUUUUAGAAACCCCUCCUUAUGCUUUAUUGGAUUUUCCAACUCUGUGUAAAACAGAAGUUUCUCAGUUUGGAUUCAUUCUUUAGAUAUGAAACCCACUGUACUUCAGCCCUUGAACUGUUUUAUAUGAGUACUAAGUGGCAUGUUUUAAUGUAUUUCCUAUUCUGCAGUCUAAAGAGAACCCCUAUCAUAAUGUGGAUGGAGAGACAACAUAUAUAUGUCUCCUCUGUAUAAUCUUCUUUAAUUGUUUUCUUUUCCUCCAUGUUUUCUAGGCGGAUGUGUGGUCUUUGGGAAUGUCAGCCAUUCACAUGGCAGAAGGAUGUGUCCCAUACAACAAACUUCCUGACAAGGCUUUGAUCCAACAAAUUACUCGUGGUCCAGCUCCUACGUUGAAAGGGAACAAAUGGAGUGAAAAAUUCCACUACUUUAUUGAGGAAUGCCUGCAGAAAAAUCCUGCUGAGAGACCAUCUGCAAGGCAGCUCUUGUCACACCCUUUCAUCACAGAAAUAAGCAAUGAAAGGGUUGUACAGAAGAAUAUUAUGAAGCAUCUGCAGAGAGGUAAGAA